AUGACCCAAGGCAGGCCCGAGAUCGAUCAGUACUGGCACAAAGGUGGAAUCUGCGGCCUUGUGUGUAGAGCUGCUCUUCGCACUCUUCAGUUUGUCCUAGCCGUGACAAUUGCCGGAAUCUACGGUGUUGAUCUGGCCCACGCAACCAAAACCAACAAACACGCCAACGCGGAAUGGAUCUACGCUGAAUUCGUCGCUGCCCUCUCUGCAAUAACAUGCAUCGUACACUGCUUUGUGACAGUGACCAGGGUCGGGUGGUCAGCUUGGGACGGAGUCUUGUUUGUACUGUGGCUGGCUCAAGUCGGUGUCUUUGGGUCAGCAUACGCAUCCAACGUUCAAAACGAAAACAAAGAUGCAACACUUUCAAUCCAGCGCAUGCGUGUCGCGGUAUGGCUUGACUUGAUCAGCAUGUUGCUCUGGUUUGCGACUACCGUACUUGGCAUUGCCUGGUGUAUCAGAACACGCAAAGUUACUAGAAAAACCGAUGAACUUGACACUAUCCAAGAGGAGCUCGGGUCACUGCGUGAGGAGCAAAAUGGCAGUAUCGGCGAGGGAAAGGGCUUGCUGAUCCCUGAAAAGACCAGCUUGGAGGAACACACCCUUUUGGAAUGUGCGAAGAGCACUGAUGAUAUCGAAGCUCAGUCAGACAAAAUGAAGGGGGUUGCAGAAGGGGAUAGUAAACAUACUGCCAAAGGCUGA